AUGCUGCUGAGCCGCAACAUCAGGUACAGCGUGAGCGUUGAUGCCACGUGCCAGACCUUCUACGAGCAGCUGCAGAACUACAAGCUGUACCGCUACCUCAUAUUCUACAUUCGCACGGACAAUGUGAUGGACAUCGAGAAGAUCGGGACGCGUCGCUGCAGCUACGAGCAGUUCCUCAACGAUCUGCGCAAGUGCGGCACCGGCGACUGUCGCAUCGGCAUCUGCGACAUGGAGUACCGGAGCAGCAUGCCCGCUGCUCGGGCUGGCAGUAGCUUGAUGGGUGAUCGGCCGCUGCGUGGCUCCCUGCUCCUGGUGCAGUGGAGCCCCGAGGGCGCUUGCAAUACCAAGCGGACGCUCUACGAGUCUGGCCUCAAGUCACUGAGGGAUGCCCUGGGCGAGUGCCAAGUCCUGAUCAAGGCCACCACCACCGAGGAGGCAACACUGGCCCAGGUGGUCGAGCAGUGCCGUUCUCGUUCCCGGUCUGGGCCACCCUAA